AUGUCAUCCAUGAAGUGGUUGCUUCUGUGUUUACAUCUUUUUUUCUUUCAUUUUCCAUCUUUCUCUUCUUUCAACUUCUCAUGCCAUACUUAUGAGAAUUAUGUUUUGCUUCAUUUCAAGUCCUCAUUCACUAUAAGUACUGCUUAUUACCCUUGUAAUGAAUCUCCUAUGAAAACAAGAACAUGGAAAAUUGAGACUGAUUGUUGCUCAUGGCAUGGUGUCACAUGUGACACCAUCUCUAGUCAUGUGAUUGGCCUCAACCUUGGUUGUGAAGGCCUUACGGGUAUAUUACAUUCUAACAGCACCAUUUUCCAUCUUUCUCAUCUUCAAACACUUAAUCUUUCUUCCAAUUAUUUCUUCAAUGUUUAUCUUGGCUCUCAAUUUCAUUCUAACUUUGGUGGAUUUCAGAGUCUCACACAUCUUGACCUGUCUAACUGUGAUUUUCAAGGUGAAGUUCCUCCUCAAAUAUCACAUCUUUCUAAAUUAACAUCACUUCAUCUCUCUCACAAUAGUGAGUUAAUUUGGAAAGAGAGCACUUUGAAGAGACUCGUGCAAAAUGCAACAAAUUUAAGGGAGAUGUUUUUGGAUGACACAAAUAUGUCUUCAAUAAGACCAAACUUCCUUAGUUUUCUCUUCAAUCAUUCUUCCUUUUUGGUUACUCUUAAUCUCGAAAAUACGGGAUUGCGGGGUAACUUCAAACAAAGCAUUCUCUGCUUACCAGCUAUUCAUGAGUUAUAUAUGUCAAGUAAUAACCUUACCGGCCAACUUCCAGAAUUGAGUUGCAGUAACUUUCUUAGAAUUUUGGAUUUUUCAUUUAAUGGUUUUCAAGGACCCAUUCCUCCAUCAUUUUCUAACCUCACAUAUCUUACUUUUCUAAGUUUAAUGGGAAACUCUCUUAACGGUUCAAUUCCAUCUUCAAUUUUAACUUUUUCAUAUCUAUCUUAUCUGCGUCUCUCUCUAAAUGAUCUUAGUGGUCAAAUCCCAAAUGUUUUUCAACAACCAAAUAGAUUUAUCAAAUUAGAUUUGAGUUCUAACAAAUUUAUAGGUGAACUUCCAAUAUCAAUUUCAAACCUUCAACAUCUCAUUAGCUUAUACCUUUCAUCCAAUUCUUUUAAUGGUCAGAUUCCAGAUGUGUUUGGUGGGAUGACCAAACUGCAACAACUCUUUCUAUAUUCAAACAAUUUUGAAGGACAACUUCCUUCUUCAUUAUUUACCUUGAAUCAACUUGUAACUUUAGAUUCUUCUGAUAAUAAAUUAGUAGGACCCCUAACCAACAAAAUUUCAGGUUUUCAGAAACUAACUUAUUUGAUUUUACAUAACAACUUGUUAAACGGAACAAUUCCAUCCUCCGUGUUAUCUUUGCCUAAAUUAAAAGUAUUACAUCUAGCGAACAAUCGACUUACGGGACAUAUCAGGGAAAUCUCAUUGUAUUCCUUAGAAGAGUUGUAUCUAUGCGAAAAUAAGCUACAAGGCAAUAUUCCAAAAUCAAUUUUCAACCUUUCAAACUUAACUAUACUAUGUCUAUCAUCAAACAACUUAAGUGGUGUUGUUGAUUUUCACCACUUUUCCAAACUUCAAAAUUUGCAUUCUUUGUCCCUUUCACAAAAUAGCCAAUUAUCACUAAAAAUUGAAUCCAAUGUCAAUUACAGUUUUUCUGAACUAAUUUCAUUGGAAUUGUCUUCUUUGAGUUUGAAUGAAAUUCCCAGAUUUCUACAAAAGUGUCCAAGUUUGUAUUCUCUUGAUAUGUCCAAUAACAAAUUGUAUGGAAGAGUGCCUGAUUGGUUACUUGAAACAAUGAAUGAUCAAGGAUUUUUGAAUCUCUCUCAAAACAUGUUCACAUCAAUAGAUCAAAUAUCAACAAGUAGCUACCGGCUUGGUUCCCUUGAUCUUAGUUUAAACUUACUACACGGUGAACUUUCUUCUUCAAUUUGCAACAUGAGUUCACUAAAAUUUCUCAAUCUUGCACACAAUAAAUUGACAGGUUUGAUUCCACAAUGUCUUGUUAGUUUAUCGUCUCUUCAAGUUUUGGAUCUACAAAUGAACAAACUUUAUGGAAUUUUGCCAAAUAAAUUUUCCAACGACAGUCAACUUCUUAAUUUGAAUCUUUAUGGCAACCAAUUAGAAUACCGCUUGCCUAAAACUUUGUCCCAUUGCAAAAAUCUGGAAGUUGUAAAUCUUGGUAGCAAUAGAAUAGAAGACAAAUUUCCUAAUUGGCUUGAAACUCUGGAAAAUUUAAAAGUGUUGGUUUUGCGAGACAAUAAGUUCCAUGGUCCCAUUUCUAAUCUAAGCACCAACCAUUCGUUUCCCAAUUUAAUGAUUUUUGAUAUCUCAGGCAAUAACUUUAGUGGCUCACUUCCAAAAGAAUUAUUUAAAAAGUUUGAAGCGAUGAAAGAUGAGAAUGCAAGUUUUUCAUAUAUGGUAGAGGCAUUGAAUUUUUAUAGUCAACUUAGUAGUAUAUGGUACUACUAUUCUGUCACCGUGAGAAUAAAGGGGAUCAAUUCAAAGUUGGUGAAAAUCUCAACGAAUUUUGCAACUAUUGAUAUGUCAAGAAAUCAAUUUGAAGGAGAUAUUCCAAAUGUUGUUGGAGAACUUCAUGCACUUAUAGGACUUAACCUUUCUCAUAACAGACUCACUGGUAUUAUUUCUCGAUCCAUGGGAAACUUGACAAAUUUAGAAUCUUUGGAUCUCUCAUCAAAUAUACUCACCGGUGUUAUUCCUCGAGAAUUAUCCAAUUUGAAUUUUCUUGAAUUCUUGGAUCUUUCUAAUAAUCAUCUUGUGGGAGAGAUACCUCAAGGAAAACAACUCAAUACAUUUUCAAAUGAAUCAUAUGAUGGAAACUCGGAAUUAUGUGGAUUUCCGUUGUUAAAGAAAUGUGGACCUGAACAACAUUCUCUACCUUCAGCCAACAAGUAUUUGAGUGAAGAGAAAUUUGAACUUGGAUGGAAACCAGUAACAAUGGGAUAUGGAUGUGGAUUUUUGUUUGGAAUAGGUCUUGGAUAUUGCAUGUUUUUAUUUGGAAAACCAAGAUGGCUUGUGAUGAUAUUUGGUGGAAAGCCUAAGAGAAGAGUGAAAAGAAAAACUAGAGUGAGGAGAACUAAUCAUUCAAACAUGAAUGAGGUGAUACAAAUGUCAUAG